UUCAAACUAGUGCCUGUGCUUAGUUUAUGUCGAUGAACAGUUGCACGCAUUAGUGUAACACAAAUGAUGUGCUUAUCAAUAUUCGUCAUGUGUGGGAAUCGAACUCAAGACCGACUUACAAAUCAGAGUUAUUAACGCUAAGUCAGUAGCAGGAACAUUUUUUACGUUGAAGGGUAUUUCUGUAUAAGGGUAUCGAUAUCCCGAGGUAUCGAUACUUUUUGCUACCCCAUUUCCCUAUUCCUUUGUGGCUUCAGGCUUGUGCAGUGUCUGUGUAAAAUGUAACGCCAAGAGACUACUUAAGGAUUUUUUGUUUAUUUGCCGACCUUUUAUUAGCUGAAUGGAUCCCUCAUAAGUAUUUGGAAGUGAUGAACGAAUAAACACGUAGUACGUUGUGAAGUUAUACAGUGUUCUAAAGUAAGAUUGUGAGAAUGUCUGUAUCGGAAGCAACAACCCCGAGCACGGCGGAGCCUCCAGCGGCAGCCGCGCCUUAUGAUGAACGUGACCUGGAGCCGCGCACGCCGAUGAAGCGUCUCGGUUCCACUAGGAAACUAGCCGCCUUUAACAAUAUUAGGACUCAGCUGGCGGAGCAAGCGAGAGCGGUGGAGGGGCGCGCCGAGGCGGCGGCCGGCGUCGCGGCCGAACUGGGCGACUACUGCCGCCGGCGCGCAGAUCUCGAACACGAAUACGCGCGCGCGCUCGACAAACUGGCCCGCGCCGCGGCCCAGCGCCAUCGAGACCAGCGCCACAAGCGAGAGCAGUGGCCCUUGGCCGGAGCCUACGCCUGCUGGCAGGCCGCCCUCGACGCCACGCGCGCCCUGGCCCGCGAUCACGCAGCGCUGGCGGACCUGUACGGUGGGCCGCUGGCCGCGCGUCUGCAUCGCGCCGCGGACGACGUGCUCCGUCUCCACCGCAAGUGCCGCGACCUAGUCGCUGAGCGUCAGGAGGACAUCGCCGCCGCUCUCGCCGAGGCGGCGGCCGCCGGCAAAGCGCACGCCGCCGCCGCGCACGACUGGCGGGCCGCCGCGCUCAAACUGCGUCACGCGCACACCGCGCGCCAGGCGCUCGCCGCCGCCGACCCGCCGCGGAACAAAAAGAUCAAGGCCCUCGAGAAGGAACUAGACAAGCGUCGCAGCCGACACGCUGAGGCGCGGGCGAAGGCUCUGCGGGCCCGGGCGGAGUACGUGUUGAGCCUCGAGGCGGCCAACGCUACCCUGCAGCGCUAUUACCUCGACGACAUCGCCGACAUAAUGCUGUGCAGUGAGACCGGUUACGAGGAGGUGGUCGGCCGCGCCGUGCGCUGCGCCGCCGCCGCCGAACGCGCGCGCGCCGCCGCCCUGUCCGGGGCGGCGCAGGCGCUGCUCGCCACCGCCGAGUCGCUCGACGCCGUCGGCGACCGGCAGCGUGUGGUCGCCGCGCAUCCGGCCGCCUUCGCGCCGCCGCGGCCCCUGCCCUACGCGGGCGAUUCCCCGUCGCGGCAGGACGCCGCGAUGAAGGAGCUGCUCGACGGCGCCGCGCCCGACGAGGACGAGGCGGCCGAGGCCCUGCGCCGCGAGCUCGCCGCGCGGCUGACGCAGCUCGAGGCGGCGGCGCGCGCGCUUCGCGCCGAGUGUCGCGAGCACGCCAAGACGCUCGACGCCGCCGAAGCGGAGCUCGUCCGCCAGAUGGAGGGGCCCGACGCCUGCUGGGACGUGUCUGGUCUCUUCGGUGCCGCCGCCGCUCCUCCCGCCCGGCCCGCGCCGCCCGACGACGACGAGGACGACGCGCCCAGGAAGGAUCAGGAGGACUACUACUUGGCCAAGUUCCGGUCGUACGUGUCGUGCGCGGGCAGGCUGGCUCGCCUCGAGAGCAAGGCGGCGGCCGUGCGCGAGCGCUUGCUGGGCGGCGGCGCCUCCGGCGGCGGGCGAUCUCCGGUGGCGGGCGUGAGGCGCGGCGGGCGGCGCGGCCAGUUCGCGGCGCCGCUGGACGACGCGCUGCCGACGCCACUCGUGUCCUGCGUGCGCGUCAUCGCCGGAUACGGUCUGCGGCAGCAGGGCGUCUUCCGCGUGUCCGGGUCGCAGGUGGAGAUGCAGGCGCUGCGGGCCGCCUUCGAGCGCGGCGAGGAUCCGUUGGCGGACGUGCGCGACGCGUCCGACAUGAAUUCGGUCUGCGGCCUGCUCAAGCUGUACCUGCGCGAGCUGCGGCCGCCGCUAGUCCCGCCGCAGAUGCGGGAGCGCCUCGUGCGCGCCGCUGCCGUCCCGGACGACGCGGCGUUCGCGGCGAAGCUCCGCGAGGAGCUGGCGGCGCUGCCUCGCCCGGCGCUGCUCGUGCUGCGCUAUCUGUUCGCCUUUCUGGCGCACCUGGCGGAGCACAGCGACCGUAACAUGAUGGACGCGUGGAACCUCGCCAUCUGCCUCGGGCCGACGCUGCUGCCCGCCUGGGGCGAGGGCGGCGAGCAGGUGACGGCUCAGAACCUCGUCAACGAGCUCGUGAAGCGCACCAUCCUGCUGCACCGCGACGUGUUCCCGCAGGACAUCGCCCCGCACGCGCUCUACGUCCCUCCCGAGCCAUCGCGCUCUUCGCCCGGGGAGGCCGACGAGGCGGACGGCGCGGGCGCCGAGGCGGCGGCCGAGACGGAGCCGAGCGACGUCGACGACCUGGACGACGACGACGAAGACGAGGAGCCUCUCGCCGAAGAAGACGCGGGGUGCCCGUCGGAAGACCUCGCCCAGGAAUCCAGGUCCCGGAGCGGCUUCGCUCCCGAGCGCGUCGACGAAGUGCAGCCGCGAGCGUCGCCCGCGUCCGUCGACGACCCCGUCUCCGCCGCCCUAGCCCCGCCGGGGACCGAAGCGCGGUUGGCCGAGAGCACGCCCGACCUGGUGCUGGACCUGCCGGCGAGACGCCGCGCCGCCGGCCCCCCGCCCCCGCCCGCGGACACGCCGGCCCCCGCGAGCCCCGUGCCCGCGCGCAACACGCUGCGCGUCGCCGCCAAGUUCGCCGAGCUCACGCUCACCGGGGGCUCGCUGAAACCCGCCCUCGCCGCGAAGCCGGCCCUGUUGCGCCGUCCCACGCCACACCCGGCGCGGCCGCCGCCCGCCCGCCCGACCCCGCCCGAAGACGCGGAGGACUAGGCCGCUGUCGACCCUCCAAGUCACCAGCGCACAACGCGACCGCAUUUACAAUGUUUCAUUAAUUAAGUGCUACUCUGUAAGCUUUAACGACGCCCGACUCGCCUCCGACGAGACGAGUGAGUUGCCAUUUUGAGAUUAUAUUCUUCGCAUCGCGUGUCAUUGUGUAUAUUUUUGUACGCGAGCCGUAACUUUUGUAUCGCGCGUAGGCUAAUAUAUUUUUGUACGAAUAAACGGUAUCCCUAUCG